UAGUCUCGAUCACACCAGAUCUCUCUCUCUCUCUCUAUCUUUAUCAAAUGUCGGCGAACUGAAAUCAAAGCUCCAUUUUCAGACCCGACCCGCCAAUUCUCCAUUCUUUCAUAAUUGUACAUAUAUAUACAUAUACGUAUAUCUGCAUUUACACAUAUAUUAAUACAUCGAUCUAUUAAUAGCAGCCAAUGUGAAUGGAGAAAGGUCAAGGGAUCUAUCAGCAUUGUUAAAAAAAGCAGCUUCUAUCAUAUAGUUUCAAGAGCCCAGGGCUGUGAAAGUUGUAGCUAAAAUCUUGAUGGUUGUUGUCCGAAUCUCCCAGAUGUUCUUCACUUCACACAUGUACAAAAGCUCAUUCGUGUUGUAGCGGAAGAACGGCAGCAACUCACAAGUAUAUAUCUGCUUGGAGUGUGCAUAGAAAAAUGAAAGGCGGAAAUGUUGGAAGAUUUUGGGGAGGACAGUUCUCCUUUUUCCUGGCUGCUAUCUUAUUUACAACCAUAUUUCUUUGGUGCUGGGAGAAGAAUCCACUUCUUACUAGCUUAUUGUCAGCACAAGAUCAGUUUAUAAUGCAGUCCGCAGAGAUUUCAGUGGAUGAAUCUGCAGUUUCAGUGAGAUCAAACGAACAAAUAGUGGACGAGCAUUCAAAUUCACAAAUAGAAGAAGGCAGAAUAGAGGAAGAUAGAUUGAAAGUUUUUGAUAGUUCUGUUAAGAAUGUCACAGUCACGCCUUCCACCAAAAGGAGAGAUGAUAAAAAAAUUAUGACUUACCGAUUAGAGAGAAAAGCUUGCAAUUUUGCUAAAGGCAGGUGGAUGGCAGACAGUAGGAGACCAUUAUACUCUGGGUUUAAAUGUAAGCAAUGGUUAUCAGAUAUGUGGGCAUGCAGACUGACCCAACGUACUGACUUUUCCUAUGAGGGAUAUCGUUGGCAACCAGAAAAUUGUGAGAUGCCAGACUUUAAUGGUUCAGAAUUCUUGAGAAGAAUGCAGGACAAAACUAUUGCUUUUAUUGGAGAUUCACUAGGCAGACAGCAAUUCCAGUCUCUCAUGUGUAUGGUCACUGGCGGUGAGGACAAACUUGAAGUUGAAAAUAUAGGAUGGAAGUAUGGCUUGGUCAAACCACGUGGUGCUGUACGUCCUGAUGGCUGGGCUUAUAGGUUUCAGAAAACAAACACCACAAUUUUGUAUUACUGGUCAGCAAGUCUUUGUGGUAUAGAGCCCUUCAAUGUCACAGAUCCUGCCACAAAGUCUGCGAUGAACUUGGAUCAACCUCCUGCCUUUCUGAGGAAAUAUCUUGAUCAAUUUGAUGUUGUGGUGCUGAAUACAGGUCAUCACUGGAACAGAGGGAAGAUUAACGCAAACCGAUGGGUGAUGCAUGUAAAUGGAAAGCCUGUUGUAGACAGGAAGCUUGCAGAAAUAGGAAAUGCUAAAAACUUCACAGUUGAUAGUAUUUCCAGAUGGCUUGAUUCCCAGAUUGCUUCACGUCCACAGCUUAAGGCUUUCUUCAGGACCAUCUCCCCCAGACAUUUCCUCAAUGGGGACUGGAAUACUGGAGGUCGAUGUGACAAUACUAUUCCACUUACUAACGGAAAUGAAGUCCAGCAAGAGGAAUCAAGUGAUCCAGUUAUAGGGGAUGCUGUGAAGGGCACAAAAGUUAAGUUAUUGGAUAUAACAGCUAUUUCUGAACUAAGGGACGAGGGUCAUAUAUCUCAUUACAGUAUAAAAGCAUCAGAAGGUAUAAACGACUGCUUGCAUUGGUGCCUACCCGGCAUCCCUGACACGUGGAACGAACUCUUGUAUGCACAACUUUAGUGUCUAUAGAAUCUGAUGAAAAAAGCAUGAAGCUCAUACAACCUGACCAAUGUUGAUGACCUGUCACUCGUGUUUUGUCCAAUUCAGCUUGCUAGCCCGCUCGUGUAUUCUAUUGUAUUCUUUUUGUAAGUAGAGUUAUUCAUAUACCAAGGAAGAAAAAGCAGCUAUUCCCAAGUCAAAUCAGACAUGAAGCAAGAUGAAAAUGCAAUGCGCUAUGGACUAAAAUGCUUCAUCUGCAGAGGAUACUGAAGCUGCUGCAGCUUGACAACAUCCAUGGCUUUUUUUCAUGAAAAGUUUCUUCCUCUGUAGGCUCACACUCAUCAGAAUAUUAGGGAUUCUUUAGUUUGAACUGAGAUUUAUACCAAUUGCCUAUACUGAUAGAUGUUUUUUAGAGAUUUAGUCUUGAUAGAUUCGUUGUUGUAACAUCAUUACCAUUUAUUAUUUAUCAAUAGAUGUUUACAAUACUUUGCUGGAG